GAUCACUAUUUUUGGAAGGAUUGCAUAGAAGAGAUGAUGAAGCACAGCAGAAAGAUCAAGACGAACAAGAUAAUUUCGGAAGGGACGAAGACACCAUCAUGGGGGGCACGGCCUGCACGACAGAUGGUACGAAAAAUCAUCUCCAAGCCAAAACCGAAGAAGCCAUGAUAAACGAGCAAAUGUCUCUACGAAGGGGUUACGACGAAGCCCUCUUGUGG